AUGAGUGCACCUCCCUAUGUCAUGCUUGAGGGAAGCAGCGGAAACAAUUUCCGGCCUCCCCCUUAUGGGCGGAAUGUCCCUCGAUACCAUUCCGACUACCACAAGAGAUCAGACGGUAGAAGUUGCUAUAGGUGCAUUUGCUGGUGUUAUUGCUGCCUAUUCUUCCUCAUCGUCAUUUUGGCCCUUCUCGUUGUCUAUUUCUAUGCAGCAUACGAGCCCCAAAUGCCUUCCUACAAGGUAGAAAAACUCGAGGUUAAGGCCUUUGAUGUUCAGCCAGAUUUCAGUCUCAAAACGGAAUUUCUUGUCACUGUCAAAGCAGACAACCCAAACAGCAAUAUUGGAUUCAUAUACGGAAAGGAUAGCUCGGUUAUUGUCAUGUACACAGAUUCAAAUCUUUGCACAGGAAAACUGCCAGAUUUCCAUCAGGGUGAAAAGAACACAACCACAAUGAAGGUUGAUUUGAAAGGGAAAAGUGAGUUUGGAUCAGGUCUCCAGGAGGCUUAUACAGCAAAUAGAGACAACAAGAGGAUUCCAUUGCUUGUCAAGGUGAAGGUACCUGUAAGCGUGGUGGUGGGAAAGUUUCCGACGAGGCAAUUUGUAGUUUUUGUCAAUUGUUCUUUGCUUGUAGAUAACCUGGUGCCCAACAAGAAAAUCAGUAUCAUAUCAAGCAACACCACUUUUGAUCUUAAAUUCUGA